AUGAGUACACAUCACUCAUCUCACGAAACUAAAUCAUCUUCAAGCGUACAUCAACCGGAUGCAGUAGAAGGUCAUAAAGUAGCUAAAUUCUUCAACAAAUUAAGUGGUCAACCUUCUUCUUACAUUAAUAAAUCAGAUUAUGUUUUUGGUAAAACACUAGGUGCUGGUUCAUUUGGUGUUGUUAGACAAGCCAAGAAAUUAUCUACUGAUGAAAAUGUCGCAGUGAAGAUUAUUUUGAAAAAAGCUUUAAAGGGGAACGAUGUUCAAUUACAGAUGUUAUACGAUGAAUUAUCCAUUUUACAAAGAUUACAUCAUCCAAAUAUCGUUCAAUUUAAAGAUUGGUUUGAAUCUAAGGAAAAAUUUUAUAUUGUAACUCAAUUAGCCACUGGUGGUGAAUUAUUUGAUCGUAUAUUGAAAAGAGGUAAAUUCACUGAAGUGGAUGCAGUAAAGAUUAUUAUUCAAAUGUUAAAAGCUAUAGAAUAUAUUCAUUCUCAAAAUAUCGUUCAUAGAGAUUUGAAACCAGAAAAUGUUCUUUAUAUUGAUCCAUCAGAUGAUUCUCAAUUAGUCAUUGCUGAUUUUGGUAUUGCUAAAGAAUUAAAAGAUGGAGAUGACUUAAUAUUUAAAGCUGCAGGUUCAUUGGGCUAUGUGGCUCCGGAAGUAUUAACUACAAAUGGUCAUGGUAAACCUUGUGAUAUUUGGUCAUUGGGUGUUAUUACAUAUACUUUAUUAUGUGGGUAUUCUGCUUUCAUUGCAGAAACUGUGGAAGGUUUCUUAGAAGAAUGUACUUCAAAUAUUUAUCCUGUUAAAUUCCAUGAACCUUAUUGGAAUAAUGUUUCAAGAGAGGCAAAAGAAUUUAUUCUAAAGGCUUUAACCUUAAAUCCAGAUGAAAGACCUACCGCUACUGAAUUAUUAAAUGAUCCUUGGAUUAAAAGUAAAUCUUUACAAACCCAUGAUUUAUUACCUGAUGUUAAGAAAGGUUUUGAUGCCCGUAAGAAAUUCCGUGAAGCUGUGGAAAUUGUUAAAUUAAAUAAUAGAAUUGAAAAAUUAAGAAAAUUAUAUUGCUCAGAUGUAGAUGCUCCAACUGAAACUGAUAUCGAAAUUAAUUCUUCCAAGACUACAUUGACUUCAUUAACAAGCUCUUUAAAUAGUUUGAAUUUGAAAAACAAUUCAUAUUUAUCACCAGAACAAAGAGAUUUAAAAUCAGCCGUUACACAAAAUGCAUUUGCUCAACUUGUUAAAGCAGCUGCAAAUAAUAAAGAAAAGGUAUUACAUUACCAAGAGGAAGAGGAUAAAGGUAAUGUAUAG